GCAGCGUAAGUAGUCACCUGACUGCGGUAUAUUAUAGUCUGUUGGAGGACUGAAGGGUCAGACUGAUGUGAUCAUGGCCGCGGUGUGUUUCUCCUUGAGCCGCUGCACUGCUGCUGUUCGACCCGCCGCGAUCACGGUGGUGCGGUUCGCUCAGACCGCCGCAGCUCCUGCAACUGAACCCAGAAACAAGAAGUUUCAGAUCUACCGCUGGGAUCCAGACACUGCUGGAGACAAACCUCGCAUGCAGACAUACGAGGUCGACCUCAACACCUGUGGGCCGAUGGUGCUGGACGCUCUCAUCAAGAUCAAGAACGAGAUCGACCCCACGCUGACCUUCAGACGCUCCUGCAGAGAGGGCAUCUGUGGAUCUUGUGCCAUGAAUAUUAACGGCGGAAACACUUUAGCGUGUCUGAACAAAAUUGACGGCAACACCAACAAAGUGACAAAGAUCUACCCGCUGCCGCACAUGUAUGUGGUGAAAGACCUGGUGCCCGACAUGAGUAACUUCUACGCUCAGUAUAAAUCCAUCGAGCCGUACCUGAAGAAGAAGGACGAGUCUAAGACGGGUCAGGAACAGUAUCUGCAGAGCACUGAGGACCGGCAGAAACUGGACGGGCUGUACGAGUGUAUUCUGUGUGCCUGCUGUAGUACGAGCUGUCCGAGUUACUGGUGGAACGGAGACAAGUAUCUGGGGCCGGCCGUCCUCAUGCAGGCGUAUCGUUGGAUGAUCGACUCACGCGAUGAUUUCACUGAAGAGAGACUCUCUAAACUGCAGGAUCCGUUCUCACUGUACCGCUGUCACACCAUCAUGAACUGCACCAAAACCUGCCCUAAGGGUUUGAAUCCAGGCAAAGCCAUCGCUCAGAUCAAGAAGAUGAUGGCAACAUACAAGGAGAAAACGGUGUCGGCGUAAACACCAGAGAAGAUGGACAAUAACGCAUAAUAAGACCAGACAGCGCACGCACAUCACUCACACACACACGCACACACACAUAUAUGUGUUUAUACAGAUUGAAUUAAACCACACCCUACCACACACACUUUAACUGAUGCUGUUUACUAUUUACUCCAUUACAAGACGCAUGUGUGUGCUAGUGUGUGUGUGCGUGUGUGUGUGAGAGACAUUACUGUAUAUUGGUGCGUGUGUAUGUUGUUUCUUCAGAUGUCCUUUUGAAGAAGAGUUUAUCACUCCUUGUAUUUGGGAGAUCUGUCUGUAUAUUAAAUAAACGCUUGCAGCUCAACAUGAUCUGUUACUUUAUA